CGCCUCAUUCCCGACCGAGCACAGCGCAUGCGCGCGUGUUUUACCGCUCUUUUUAAUUUUAUUUAUUGUGACUUACUCUGUGUUUUGGCGCCAGCAUGUGGAGUAAGAUGUCGUCCAUUCAACUUUUAUUGGUUCUUGUAGGUAUACUGGCAGCGAGCGAGGCAAGAUGGUUACGUGGUGGUAGAUCCACUCAGCCCAAAGAAACCAGCUUCAUUGGUGAAGCUACCAAUGAAUUAUCCACGGCUAUACUGCAGGGAUACAUAGACGAUACGAAAGAUAUUGCCUUUUCCCCACUCGGUUAUUCCUCAAUACUUGCUAUCCUCGCUGAAGGCGCGACGGGGGAAACUCGUGAACAACUCGUCAAUGCUCUUCACCUGCCAUCAGAUCAAAAUUUAGUACGUAAAAACUAUCGGUACAUUAUGGAAAGACUAAAAAACACCAACGAGUUCAAAUACAAUCACCCAGAGCUUAAAAAUUUCUUCUACGUGUACAAGAACUACACCGUAAAUGAGGACUAUAAGAAGAUAUUGCAAGACUAUUAUUUAACUGACGUUAGGUCCGUUGAAAGAUACACAUAUGAUAAUAUUGGUGAUGAUGAAAAUGAAAAUAAUAAUAGAGUAGAAGAUAAUAAAAUGACAAUUGAAAAAGAAGAAGACCCUGCCAAAGAAAAAGAUGAAAAAUUAAUAACUUAUGCCGUAGAUGAUAAGCCAGAGAAAGUAGAAUUGACGCAAUCGGAUUACAAGCCUGCUAAGAACAUAAAAGAACAAAUUAAAUUGGUUAAGACUAAUGGCGAAGAAUAUGAAAACGGUGACGACGAAGAAACAAUGAUAGCUGAUGAAGCCAGGAAUCAAGCCAGAGAUCUUCGUGUGUUGAAUGAUAAAAAUGACAUUGCAAGCAGUCUUUCUGUUAAUAGUGUUGGAAAGAAAGGCAGUGAAACAACUUCCAACUCAAUAAUGAUUCUGUUUAAUGGAAUGUAUUUCCGCGGAUCUUGGAAGAAACCUUUUGAUACCAUCGAGUCUGGGCUUUUCUACAAAUCAAAUACGGAGAAGAAACAAGUUAAAAUGAUGAAGACAAGUGGCAGAUUCCUGACUGGCGAGCUACCAGAUCUUGAUAGCGAGGCUUUACUACUGCCUUAUGAUGGUGGAAGAUACGCGCUCUUGGUGGUGAAACCACAAACCCGGGACGGCCUCACGCGCUUGGUUGCUGACCUGCCUUCCACUCCCAUCACAGAUAUCAAGGACUCCUUAGCAGAGGAAGAGUUGCAAGUCUCUUUACCAUCAUUCUACAUUGACACCACGACAAAACCAGUAGCUGCAUUGGCUAAGUUUGGCGUCAGCAAAAUCUUCGGUCGCGAUGCAGAUCUGACCAGAAUAUCCUCGAAGGAAGGUCUCUUUGUCCAGGAGCUGGUGCAAAACGUGGUUGUCAGAGUUGACAAUAACAACAUUACUGCGUCUAUGAUUGGAGUUGCCGACGGUGUGGAACUGAAGACUCUUCCAUUGCUUGAAAGCCAACAGCCUCGUCGCUUCUGUGUGGAACACCCAUUCGUAUUUUACAUCAUUGACUGUUUAGAUAACCUUGUUGUUGUUGCUGGGAAGAUCACAGACCCAGAGGCACCCACAGACUCUUAAAUGGUCACUCACAACUAAUAUUGGGUUUUCCGCUAAUCUGUAAUUUAGAAUUAAUUAGUUAACGACAUAUAGACUGAACGAUGUUAAUGUUAACACAGUGAUGUUCUAUACAUACAGACAAAUUACUUUUAAAAAAACAAAGCCAAAGUAUUUCCACCACAAAAUACACCAUAAUAAUCCUCGACUUUAUCUAUACAUUGUUUAAAAUAUUCUUGGUCAAUAAGUAGCAAUAUUUAUUCAGUUGAAGUUACGUAUGUUUAAUUUAUAAAAAGGAAAGUGGCAGUUGACACACGACUAAGAGGAAAAGUGUGCUUACAUUGUCUUUAAGCACAUUUAUACCAUUCCGCUCCCAGACUGCGUAUGAUAUGCCAAUAUAUGUGUAUAGAACCUCAUUGUAAAUACAUGAUCUAAUUAUUUACUGAUGACUUCAAAUUCUUUUAACAAAGACUCGCCUAAAUAAACAAAAUGAAUUAAAGAGGGGUUUAAGUGUUAUUUGUUUAUAUAUUUUGUAAUCAACAAUUUACGUUUUGUAUACUGUUAAAAUAUGUAACAAAUUUUACACGUAAAAGAUCUAAAUAGUGAAUUUUUUCGGGAAAUUGUUUUAAGAAGUCAUAAAAUUUGUAUUUUUAAUCAUUUAUAGAAUUAUCUAUCUUUAUUAUGUUAUAAAUGUAAAAUUAAACUUUACAGUUAUUUUCGCUAAAAGUUUUAGAUAAUCUGUACGUCUAUAUAGAGCCUUUUGCUGUGACGCAAUGCUAACAUGCCAGGUUUAUUACUUAUGUGUGUAUGACAGGCUACGUGUUAUAGCCUAAACACAUGGUCGGACUUGAUAUGGCCGGACCAUCGGACGGUUCUGUGGGCGCCUCGCACUAAUUGGUCCGGCGUCGUACUCAGUACGGUCCGGAUGGUAAUAAUAAUGAUGUGCGAUGAACAAUGCGUCAUAUCAUCGAAUAUAGUCCGCUACCAGACCGCGUCCGAUGGUUUGGCCGUACCAAAUCCGAUCAUGUGUUUAGGCUAUUACACUCGCGGUACAUCAGUCUGUAUUGGUGUGCGUGUGUUGUUAAAAAUACAGGCUCACAGUUCGCUGUUAUUUUUUAUAACGCUUUCACGGCUUUUGAGUCUAUCUAGACGUAUAAAUUAUCUAAGGUAUAAUUCAUUAUAUUUCUUAGAGCAAUAGAUAAGUUAAGAUUAUAAUAUAAGUGAGACCCAAUUUUAAAACAAACUGAUUCUUACUUAAUCAAAACGAACGUGAAAUUUUAUUUAAAUUACAAAUAUUUGGUUAGUGUUAGUCGAAAACGAACUAUCAAUCUCCGUAUUUCAUAAAUAUAAUUCUAAAUUGUUUAUAUAUUUUUUGACAGUUCAUAAAAGUGUCACUUUUCUAGUGUUUAUGCUCUGUGCUACUCUUGGGUCAAAACUUUUCUCAUCAAAUAUACUAAAACCAGAUGCAUUUUGAUAUUAAAAAGUACACAAUAGUAAUAAGUUAUUUAUUGAGGAUAAGAAGAAGUAAUUUAAAAUUUAUAUUCCAAGUGUUGAUAUAUUACACUGUUAAGAAUUAAACGUAUAAAAAAUAUAUAUAA